AUGUUUGCGCAACCGAGGAUACGAAAGAGCGCGCUUCUGCCGCCGCCAAAGAAGAGAAAGACGGUCCACACAAUUGAAGAGAUCACCUUCGACAAAGAUGCCCGCGCCGAAUAUCUCACUGGGUUCCACAAGCGCAAACAGGCCCGCAUCAAGCAUGCGCAGGAGGUAGCGGAGCAGAAGGCGCGGCAAGAGAGGAUCGAGAUGCGGAAGCAGAUCAGAGAGGAGCGAAAGCAAGCCGUGGAAGAACACGUCCAAGCGAUCAACAAAAUUCUCAGAGAAGCAGAGCACGCCGGCACGGACGAGCAGAAUCAGAACAGUUCGGAGGAUGAAUGGGGUGGCCUGUCAGACACAGACGUUGUGGCAGAAGCGCCGAUUGACGUGGAGGAGGAAUACAUUGACGAGGACAAGUACACGACCGUCACCGUGGAGGCAGUUAAUGUUUACCGGGAUGGCCUGCAUAAACCAGAACCAGAACGGUCUUCGGAGGACGAAGGCCCCGAACCGGGACACGGUGGCGUGGAGCAAGAUCAGGAGAAGGCAAAAGGCAGUAAGCGGCCGAAGGACCCAACCAAGAAGAAGAAAUUCCGGUACGAAAACAAGUUUGAGCGGGAGGCAGAAGCACGGAAACAGAAAGCGAAGCGAAGGAAAAGGGUAGCCUAG